CCCUUGUAUUAGGUAAUUUAGUCACGUUUGAAAGAUUUGCCAUCACAUUCGCACGGGCAUUUACCAUUGGGGAUAAUGAAAAGAAUAAGACGAUAUCAUUACGAUUGUCAUAUUUUCUUCAUCUUUAUCCCCAAGUGGCAAACUUCCCGUGCGAAUGUGAUGUCAAGUCUAAAAACCUUGAAUAAAUUACCAAGAAAAAGGGCUUUCAGUGCAAGUGAAAUAUGGACGGUUAGAAGUACUGGAGUUGGUGGCUUUAUUUCUCCUGAAAACGGAAACCUACGACGCUAAAAACUCUUGAGAGUUUUUCAUGGAUAAUAUAAUAGCCUUGUUAAGAUAGGUUUCGAAAAGAGAGCGACAAAUACAAAGUAAGUUUGAUAAAUAGAAAUUCUUUUAUCUUGCCCCGCAUUCAGCAUAAAGUUGUUCUUUCUUGUAUUGCGAACUGUAUUCGCCGUAUAUUUCUGAUUACUCAGUAUAUUGCAACUGAAGCUUUCCGUAUGAAUACCCUUGCAGAUAGGAGAUAGUCCGCUGGCGGUUUCCCUCUAUUCGUGCGUCAACUUUCACAAAAUUAAUGUGUUAGCGUUGCAUUUUAGGGUUAAAUUUGACCAGCUAUUCAGCGAGUUCUACGGUCACGAUUGACUUUAAACUUCCAGAUUUAAAACUAGAGAGUUCUGAGGCUUAUUUGCCGAAGUUAGAGAAAAAUCUCUCUUAGGGUUUCGAAAUUAUUUGAUAUUUUUUGUAAAAAUGCGGUUUUAAACAUAUGCCGAUAUCUCAAACGUUUAUAUACCUACAAGAAAAUAAAUGACAUUUUCGACCAUUCUUUAUUAAGGAUGCCAAAAAUCAUGGAAAUCAGUCAAAUCAUUCCCGCCGAAAAACCCGAUUAAAAAACAUAACCAACGCGCAUAUAAAUAGGUUCGAAUUCGGGCCACCUUAAAUUGUAAUUACCACUGCACAUCCUUAUUUAAAAUUAUCAUCUUCAUUAUCGUCAUUAUUAUUACUAUUAUAUUUAUUUACCGGUAAAGGUAAAUUCUAAUUAUUUUCUACUGCAUAAAGCUAUACAUUUAAACCUUAAAAUAAUUUAAUAAAAAUGGGUAUCAUUAUUGUUAUCGUCGUUGUUGGUUUGUCCUCACUGACGUACAAUUAUUUCUUCUAUUUAAUAUCCUAAAAUAACUCGAAUUUGUAAGAUAGCCAGAAAAGAAAACAUCUAGAUUUGUUUUAUUUUGCUAGCUCGAUAAUUUGUUCUUGUGAGAUGGUUUUUCUAUUGGUAAGCGGAUUCGCUAAUAUGUAAGUAGCAGGUUUUUGCAUGACGUGUUUGACCGUCUCUACCUUAAUUUUGCUCCAGGGAUUUAUCGUCAAGCAGGAUCGAGAAGCUCCCGCCAGGAAUAUUCACAAAUCUUUCUUUUAUGGAAAAGUUGUAA